GAGGGGCCCGGCUGCCAUUGGCUGCUUGGGCCUCUUUGUUCCCGGUCCCCGCCGCAGGCCGGCUGCAGCCGACUGGGCAGCGGAAGUUUGACCGUGCCGGGCAAGUGGCUGCGGCGGUGGCGCCGGUGUCCCGGUACAUCUCCUCCAGUACCGGCAACGGUGCCAGACGCCCGGCGAUCCUGGGCGUGAUAUCCCCGACAGGAGGAGAAACCCCCUCUGACACAUAGACAUGGACCUGGAGGCCAAAGUAAAGAAGAUGGGUCUAGGUCAUGAGCAAGGAUUUGGAGCCCCUUGUUUAAAAUGCAAAGAAAAAUGUGAGGGAUUCGAACUGCACUUCUGGAGAAAAAUAUGUCGUAACUGCAAGUGUGGCCAAGAAGAGCAUGAUGUCCUCUUGAGCAAUGAAGAGGAUAGAAAAGUGGGGAAACUUUUUGAAGACACCAAGUACACCACCCUGAUUGCAAAGCUAAAAUCAGAUGGAAUUCCCAUGUAUAAACGCAAUGUUAUGAUUCUGACCAAUCCAGUUGCUGCCAAGAAGAAUGUCUCCAUCAAUACAGUUACCUACGAAUGGGCUCCUCCUGUCCAGAAUCAGGCACUGGCCAGGCAGUACAUGCAAAUGCUGCCCAAAGAGAAGCAGCCGGUGGCAGGCUCAGAGGGGGCACAGUACCGGAAGAAGCAGUUGGCAAAGCAACUCCCUGCCCAUGACCAGGACCCUUCAAAAUGCCAUGAGUUAUCUCCCAAAGAGGUGAAGGAGAUGGAGCAGUUUGUGAAGAAAUACAAGAGCGAGGCUCUGGGCGUAGGAGAUGUCAAACUCCCCCGUGACAUGAACACUCAAGGCCCCAACAAAAUGUACAUUCCUGGAGGGGACAGAAGCACCACGACAGCGGUAGGGGCCAUGGAGGACAAAUCAGCGGAACACAAAAGAACUCAGUAUUCCUGCUACUGCUGCAAACUGAGUAUGAAGGAGGGAGACCCAGCCAUCUAUGCUGAAAGGGCCGGAUAUGAUAAACUGUGGCACCCAGCUUGUUUUGUCUGCAGUACCUGCCAUGAACUCCUGGUCGACAUGAUUUAUUUCUGGAAGAAUGGCAAGCUGUAUUGUGGCAGACAUUACUGUGACAGUGAGAAGCCCCGGUGUGCUGGCUGUGAUGAGCUGAUAUUCAGUAACGAGUAUACCCAGGCAGAAAACCAAAACUGGCAUCUGAAACACUUCUGCUGCUUUGACUGUGACAACAUCCUAGCUGGGGAAAUAUACGUGAUGGUCAAUGACAAGCCUGUGUGCAAACCCUGUUAUGUGAAGAACCACGCUGUGGUAUGUCAAGGAUGCCACAAUGCCAUUGAUCCUGAAGUGCAGCGGGUGACCUAUAACAACUUUAGCUGGCACGCGUCCACAGAGUGCUUUCUGUGCUCCUGCUGCAGCAAGUGUCUCAUUGGGCAGAAGUUCAUGCCCGUAGAAGGGAUGGUUUUCUGCUCAGUGGAGUGUAAGAAGAGGAUGUCUUAAGAGGAGAGCACCAAGCAAUAUUGAGCCCUAGCUAUCCAGAGUGGUCUGCAUUUCUACUGUAAAAUGCAAUUUGGAAAAAUAAAAGGAAAAAAAAAAAGAAACUAUAAAGGAAACCAGGA